AAGGAGGUAGGAAGGAGGAAUUUGUGUUAUAAAAAUUAAGAAAACAAUGGAUCCAAUCACGCGUCGGAAGAAUUGUACUUCGAAUCAUUCGAAGAAAAUCCAUCAAUACUUCAAUUCCACAGUCGGUGGUAUUGCUGAGACGCCUCUCACCUUCUCCUUCUCCUUCGCUUUCUCCUCUUCUUCCUUUCUUAGCUGUUCCUCAACUAUCUCCACCAUGAAUUGACCAUUACCCAUUACUGCUAUAUUCUUCGCCUACCCGGAUCCUCCUUUGUUCUGCUCCAUCUCUUCGAUUUCUUAUCCUGGUCACCUAGCUGAAUUGAAGGUGGAGAGAGCUGCUGUAUCCAGGGAAAUAGGCUGUUUAUCUCAUAACCCAUAGCUCCAAAUCCUGAUUACUGGAUAGAGAGAACAAGUAGAGACAUGGGACUAGACAAUAUACCGGCUCAGAAGAGAGCUGGCAAUGGAGGGAAUAGUUUGCCCACCACUGCUACCACCGUCAACGGCAGAAGAAGCCGUACUAUCCCCGGAAUUCCUCGUGGCCGUCAGAUCCAGAAGACUUUCAACAAUAUAAAGAUUACCAUACUCUGUGGCUUCGUCACCAUUCUUGUUCUUCGUGGCACCAUAGGCAUCGGCAACCUUGGUAGCUCCGAGGCCGACGCUGUAAACCAGAAUAUCAUCGAAGAAACCAACCGGAUCCUCGCCGAGAUUCGAUCUGACAGUGACCCCAACGACCCGGAUGAUCCUGCCGAGACAGAAAUCAACCCUAAUGUCACUUACACACUCGGUCCCAAGAUUGCGAACUGGAAUCAGGAGAGAAAGGUUUGGCUGGAUCAGAACCCACAAUUUCCCAAUUAUAUUAAUAAAAGAGCUAGGAUCUUGCUUGUUACCGGUUCGCCUCCAAAACCCUGCGAUAAUGCAAUUGGAGAUCAUUAUUUGUUGAAGGCAAUCAAGAAUAAGAUUGACUAUUGCAGGCUUCAUGGGAUUGAAAUAGUAUACAAUUUGGCUCAUUUAGAUAAGGAACUUGCUGGGUAUUGGGCCAAGUUGCCAUUGAUCCGGCGAUUAAUGCUGUCACACCCUGAGGUGGAGUGGAUUUGGUGGAUGGACAGUGAUGCGUUAUUUACUGAUAUGGUGUUCGAAAUUCCUCUGGACAAAUAUGAUAACUAUAAUUUGGUGGUUCACGGGUACCCUGAUUUGAUGUUCAACCAGAAGUCCUGGAUUGCACUCAACACAGGAAGCUUUUUGUUUCGGAAUUGCCAGUGGUCUUUGGAUUUGCUGGAUGCUUGGGCUCCAAUGGGACCAAAGGGUCCUAUCCGGGAAGAGGCCGGCAAGAUUUUGACUGCAUACUUGAAGGGAAGGCCGGCGUUUGAAGCUGAUGAUCAGUCAGCUCUGAUAUACUUGUUGCUUUCUCAGAAAGAUCAGUGGAUGGAUAAGGUGUUUCUUGAGAAUUCAUACUAUUUGCAUGGUUACUGGGCUGGGUUAGUGGAUAGGUAUGAGGAAAUGAUUGAGAAGUAUCACCCUGGAUUGGGCGACGAGAGGUGGCCAUUCGUGACGCAUUUUGUGGGCUGCAAGCCUUGUGGUAGCUAUGGAGACUAUCCAGUGGAAAGGUGUUUGAGCAGCAUGGAGAGGGCUUUCAAUUUUGCUGACAAUCAAGUUCUGAAGCUGUAUGGAUUUGGGCAUAGGGGCCUCUUGAGCCCCAAAAUCAAGCGGAUCAGGAACGAGACAGCCACUCCAUUGGAGUCAGUUGAUCAGAACGAUAUUCGGCGGCACGUUCUUCAUCGGAACAAUGCUCCUCCAACCAAGGAUUCAGGAAUUGAAGUUCUUGAGGCUGUCGAUUUUCAAGAGAAAAAGGAAGGUUGCGUGCGACUAUUAUAAAACAAAUGGCGAAAGGAGUGAAUUAGAAGCAAUUUAAAGGAGGAACUGAAAUUGCAUCAUCAAGCAAAGAGGGUGAAAUGAAAGCCAAUCCUCAAGCCUCAAGCAAAUUCAAAAAGGAAGGUAACUUUUUCUCCAUCUUCUUGCUUGUUUGUUAGAUAUGGAAGAAUCGAUAACUUCUUCUUAUGCUGAAAAAUGCACAGCCACAAAUCAGCAUACUUGUUAGAGCCCAUUUGAUUCAAAACCCAGAAUCCAAAACCCAUCAUUUUGAAUCAAUGGAGGAACCAAGGAAGCUCGUCAGAAGAUCGAUUUACAGUUUCCUUCAGAAUUAUCAGUACUUCACCUCAAUUGUAGCUGUUCUGGCAUUUCCAUAUGCCAUCUCUGUUCUUCUUUCACAAGCUCUUCUUCUUUCUUCUUCUUCUCUUCUUCCAUUUACUUUUGAUCACUUGAGGACUCUAUUUGGUGCGGCUGGAUUCCCCACUUCUUCAAAAUUCUUCUCCAUUCUCAUUCAAAAGCUCUCUCAAACCAUCGUUUCCUCCAUCUAUUCUCUGCCCUUUUCUCUCACUUUCCUUUUGAUCUCAAAAGCCUGUGUAAUUCAAGCUCUCAAUCAGCAGAAACCCAAUUCGGUGCCUUCAUUUUCAUCCAUUAUACCCCUUUUUAAUCCCCUCCUUCUGACCCAUGUCUGCAAUGUAUGCGUUUACGUCUCUGCAAACGCUACCGUGUUUUGUAUGCUAUUUUUCGCCUUCAAUUGCCUCGAGGGAUUUGGGUAUUUUUCUCCCAAUUGCCUCCUGUUGGUGUCAGUUUUUGGGGCUUUUCUGUAUUCAGUAGCAAUUGCCAAAGCCAUCACAAUAUGCAAUUUGGCAUGGGUUUUGUCCGGCAUGGAGAGGAAUGGGGGAUUCAUGGCGAUUCUUAAGGCUUGUGUUUUGAUUCAGGGGAGAAGCGCCACGGCGCUAUUGGUGGCGCUGCCUUUCAAUCUGGGAAUGGCGGCCACUGAAGCUCUAUUCCAGUACAGAAUAGUACGAGAUUAUCAUUCCAGGGGGAGAUUGGGGCCUUCCAUGGUGCUGGAAGGAAUGUUUGUUGCCUAUUUGUACUCGGUUUUUGUUGUCCUGGACGCCAUUGUUAACACCAUGUUCUUCAAAAGUUGCAGAGUGGGUUCUCUGAUGGGUCUGGAAAUCAAGAGCUCUUUUUGCCUUUGGAUGGGUGUUGCUGAGAAGGACAAUGAAGGUCGCCCGCAUUUGAAGGGUUUUGAAGAACUUCCAUGAGAGAAUUGAAACAGACUCUCUUGUUAAUUUUUACUCUAGGGAGUCUGGAACUCAUGAAUAUUUGCAAAAAAUAUGAUUUGUUUAGCUGCUUAGAAUUACUGGGAAUCAUCUCUUUAGCCUUUUAAGCUCUGCAUUCAAAUUCCUAUUACUUACAAGUUGUAAAUAACCAAUCUUUCAGGACAUUGGGAUGGGGAUAUCCAUAUGGAUUAAGCCUUCUUUUA